GUCGUGAGUCGUCACCAAUCGUGUCGGGUCGUUUUUCCUCGCGUCCCGUCGUGUUGCGCCGCUUCGACAACGCCACCGUCGCCUACUUUUCCUAACCUCGCUUUCUAUCGUAUGCGGCGACUCAUUUCUUCUUCGCGCACACGGCACCAGUUUGUCCUAUGAUUCGCAAUUCUCGUAUCUUUUGAUAUCGUUCGAACACGAUUCUUCAGCUCGCAUUUGUGUUCGCAUUAGCGUUCGCGUUCACUCGUGCUUGUAUCGUAUCUUUUUCGAGAAACCUCCGAAUCUCUGUAAUCGCCGACCAAACGAAACGUUCGACACGACUGGCCCGUGCAGAUCGACUCGUUCGCCCACUUUGCUCUGUGAACGCGCGCGCGCACGCGGCUACGCGAUCGCGCCACGACCAAAAUAAUCGCUUCCUCGAUCGACCGUCGACCACGACCUUGCGCCAUUCCGUCGCGCGACGCACCGCGUUCGGACUCGUUGUCUCAUUCCCUCCGUCUCGCCGAAACCUACGAUCAAUCACCUGUGGAGAUGCCGACAUCACCUUACGUCUCUCGAAUCAAUCAGAUCGAUGCGGUGCAAUUAGACGAGGAAAUCUACAAAGUGCUUAGGAAUCAAGCCAGGGAAAUCGGCAAGUAUCAACAGAUAGAGAAGAUCGAUCGAUGGCAACCCGAGAUCGACGCGCUCCUCAAAUUUUUCAUAUGGAAUUUCUCGCUGCGCCACGGAAAAUCGACAUUUGGUCAACAACUGCUCAAUUUGCAUUACGAAAACAUUACAAGCGCAAAGUCCAUUCUCUAUAUGCUUUCAACGAUCGGCCCGGCGUAUGUACGAGAUAAAGUCGUCGAUAGUGGCGCGAAUCGUCGUUUCACCAAUUUACUCGAUCGUGUCGCGAACGUCUUGAAGCUCCUCGAGUUUAUAAACUUGUUAAUCUUUAUGCAUCGUGGGACGCAGCCUCGUGUCGUUGAAUAUAUACUCGGAAUCGCGAGUUCUUCCACAACUGUUCACAAACCGAGAAACAUCGGCUACUCGUACAUGACCAGGGAACUGCUAUGGCACGGUUUGAUGGAAUUGUUUACUACCAGCUUGCCCAUGAUCAAUUUCCAUUACUUAAAGCACACGAUGAAGAAACUAUUCACGCGGUCAAAGGCCGUCGACUUACAACGCAUAUUUCCGACCAUGAACUUGUCCACCAAGUGCGCCUAUUGCGCCGAUACACCGAUUCUACCGGUACACGCUGGCUGUCAGCAUAUUUUUUGCUACUACUGUUUGAACGCUCACUUCACCGUGAUGGUCGAGUUUCAGUGUCCCGAGUGUAGCACGCGACUCUACGCUACUAAUAUGAAAACGUACGAAGCUAGUUCCUCGACCUCGAGCAAACGAGAAAUGUCGAGCACGGCAUUUUAACGUUCUCCGUCUUAUACCAAUAAACAAACAUUUUGUACAUACAGAUAUAUAUAUGUAUACAUAUACAUAUACAUAUAUAUAUAUAUAUACAUAUAUUUAUAUUUAUACAUACAAUUGUACAUGCAUUGUGUUUUAUUUCUUUCUUUUUUAUUAAAAAUACCAAUACAAAAUUCUCUCUAUCUGCUUUCA